AUGCAUUCUAGAUACGAACAGGUGGAUCGAAACAUGGGCAAGUGUAAGGCAAACGAGAAAGACUUUUGCUACGGAGGUUUUGCGAGGAUUCAUGAGAUGGUAAAACACUUCAAGAUAGAAGCUCAAGCUGUGGGAAGGUCAACUCUCUUUGUCAAUGCUGGAGACACUUUCACAGGAACCCCUUACUACACUCAGUUUAAAGGGGAGCUUGCAGCAAAAAUGAUGAAUACUCUAGACAUUGAUGUGAUGACUUUAGGCAACCACGAGUUUGAUGAUGGAAUCCAGCCUCUGGCUUCUUACAUCGAUAAAGUAAAUAUUCCUGUAGUCUGUAGCAACCUGGAUCUGUCUCAAGAGCCGAAGCUUCAAACACCUAAAAUAACUUCGUCAAUAACACUCACAGUGAAUGGUACCAAAGUAGGAAUUGUAGGUUGUCUUACCACCACAACAGUCAACAAUCAUAACCUCGGCGGUGUGAAGAUUUUGGAUGAAAUGUCAAGCAUUAGAAAAGAAGUAAGUAAGUUGAAGGAUGAAGGUGUAAAUGUUAUCAUAGCAUUAAGCCAUUCAGGAUAUGAUGUAGAUUUGAAAAUCGCAAAAUUAGUCGAAGAUAUUGAUGUAAUUGUCGGUGGACACACCCAUACUUUUUUGUACUCGGGGAAAAAAAUUCCGGAGCUAGAAGAACCUAGUGGACCUUAUCCAACAGUGGUGACGCAAGAAUCGGGUAAACAAGUUCUUGUGGUUCAAGCUUACUUUGGAACUAAGUACUUAGGGUAUCUGGAGUUAAAUUUUAAUAGCGAAGGUGAGCUCAAGUCUUUCAACGGCUCUCCAAUUCUCCUUAUAGGACUUUUUCCACAAGAUCCUGAUAUACUGCGAGUGUUAGAACCUUACAAGGAGAGGUUGGAAGGAAAGACAAAUAAAAUCAUCGGCUACACUCAUGUCUUCCUCGAUAGUAAUAACUACAAGUGUAAAGUAUCAGAGUGUGAGCUUGGUAACUUGAUCACGGACGCUUUUGCUGACUACAUGGAGAUGCGUUGUCCUUCCCUGCCAGUAUCAGUGGGAUUGAUGAAUGCUGGAGGAAUCAGAAGUUCCUUUGAUCCAAUAUCUGGAGGACACAACGGAUCAAUCACUUUAGGAGAUGUUAUGACAGUGUUACCCUGGGGAAAACCGAUAGUUGCAGUUAACUUGACGGGACGAGUACUCUUACAAGUGCUGGAACAUGCUGUAUCUAGGUUUGACGAAAUCAAAACAUCAAAUGUUCAUAACUUUUUACAAGUUUCUGGACUUCGGGUCACUUACGAUCUGUCUAGAGAAGUCGGCCAUCAGCUAGCCUACAUCUACAAUUUUGCGCUGCUCAGUACCUUCAGAUGGCAAUGUCUCAUAUCUCAAAAGGCCAGUCACUGGCAGUUUCUUCAAUGUAUAGUGUGUGUGUGUGUGCAUUGGGGUGCCAACAGACCCCCGUGCGAUUACUAG